GGUCAUCGUCGGAGAGCACUCGGCCGGUGCUGUAUACCGCUUGUCGGCCCCAGCCAGUCAACGACGAAUCGGUACGGGGAGAAGACGAUGCUUCGCUUCGCCGCCCGUGCAACAUCGGCCCGCCAAUCGGAGAAAUGUUUGGAUAAAUCGGUGAGGAAACGGGAGUUAACCGCGUCGACUACGAUUCUCGACGCGGCGCACGAGCCGAGCCGUUUAAGAUGUUUGAUCGAUUCCGGAACGCGGUCAAACGAUACUGAAGGCCGCCGCCGCCGUGGCUUGUCAACGGCGUCGACGGCAACGCCGACGGCAACGACGCCAAGGAAAACGUGCCUCUACGACCUUCACGUGGAAAAUCGAGGUAAGAUAACCAAUUUUUCCGGAUGGUUGUUGCCUGUCCAGUAUCAAGAGGCGAUAGCCACAUCUCAUUUGCACACGAGAACGUUCGCCUCGUUGUUCGACGUCGGUCACAUGUUGCAAACAAGAGUUUCUGGGAGAGACGCCACCCAAUUCUUGGAAUCUCUGACGACGAGCGAUUUGAAAAAUUUGGGCAACGGUUGCGCCGUUCUCGCCGUGUUCACGGACGAGAACGGAGGUAUUCUGGACGAUUUGAUCGUUACGAAAGACGGAGAGGAUAGAUAUUUUCUCGUGUCGAACGCGGGAAGAAGAAAGGAAGAUUCUCGAUUGCUUCUUCAACAACAGGAGAUAUUUCUCACUCAAGGAAAAUCGGUGAGCUUGGAAUUUUUAGAUCCGUUGAAGCAGAGCCUCGUGGCGUUACAGGGGCCCACGGCCGCUUCCGUUCUCCAAUCGAUCGUCGGCGUCGAUUUGAGGAAUCUAAGAUUCAUGAACAGCGUGGAAACCGAGGUGUUGGGGCGUCGGAUAAGGAUAACACGUUGCGGGUACACGGGGGAGGACGGGUUCGAGAUCUCGAUACCGGUUCAAAUAGCGCAUACCUUGGUAAAAAUGAUUUUAAACACGCCCGACACGAAACUGGCCGGGUUGGGAGCUAGAGAUAGUUUGAGGCUGGAAGCCGGUCUUUGCCUCUACGGGCAAGAUAUCAACGAGAAAAUAACACCGAUCGAAGCCGGGCUUGGUUGGCUAAUAGCUAAACGAAGGAAAGCGGAAGCAAAUUUUCCAGGUGCGGCGAAGAUACUUCUACAGAUCGAGUCAGGGACUAAGAAGAAGAGGGUGGGGAUAACGGUUGUGAAUGGGCCACCGGUUAGAGCGGGAGCGUGUAUAUUAACGCCGGAGGGAGAACGAGUCGGCAACAUCACUUCCGGUGGACCUAGUCCAACUCUCGGAAGUUACAUCGCUAUGGGAUACGUGCCACCAGAAUUGGCCGAAUACGGGAAAGGGGUUUUGGUCGAGGUCCGAGGAAAAACCUACAAAGCUAAAGUAACGAAAAUGCCCUUUGUCAAGACGAAUUAUUACACUGGAAAGUGACCGAUACGAUGUAUCUGUAUUUCAUAGUAUAAAAUUCACAAUCGAACGUGGAUGAAGAAUUAAAUAUUCCUUUAUAUUCUCUUAAAUAUUCUUUUUUCACUUUCGAUCCCAAAAAUUCGAAAGAGCUCGUCGAUGAACUUUCUUUUUUUCGGAAUGAAAGGAAAAAAGAUUAUUUAAGGAAAUAUAUUCGUAAAGAAUAAUUGUAUUCGUAAAAAUUCUGUAAUGAAAUUGUAAUGAAAUUGAAAAAGAAAGAACGUUAACAAAAUAACGAAUACGAUUAUUCAUGUAAAUGAAAUUAUUAUAUAUAUAUAUAUUAUUGAAAUAAAAGAAGUUAAAUUUGUUACAUAAGACGAGGAGAAAUGCUUAUUCUCGUACUACAGAGCCUUCUGUGAAUACGAGUGCGAAUUAAAUCACACGUCGAUAAAGAAGCAAGUUUACCGACUUGAAGGAAAACCUGUACAUACUACGUAUGAUAUAGAAGAGUUCUACUAAUAAAAUUUACCUUUUAUGAUAAAAUAAAUUUAAAAUAAAUACUAUUUUAUUUUAAA